AUGGAUUCAAAGAAUACUGAUCGAGUGAAAAUUGAUCAAUCUCGCUGGGUUAUUUCAAUUAAGGAUGGCCUCUGUAUAAAUCAUGAAAAAGAAGAGGAAAAGGAGUUCUGCAUAGCUGUGUUCAAUGUGCCAAAGGAGUUAUUGGCACUGAAGCCUGAUGCAUACGUUCCACAGUGCGUCUCCAUCGGGCCAUAUCACCAGUGGAGAUCGGAGCUGUAUGAAAUGGAGAGAUACAAAGUGGCUGCGGCUCGUAGGUUUCAGCAGAGAGUUCAAGGUCUCAAAUUUGAAUCUGUGGUCGAAGAAUUGAAGAAGCACGAGUGGCAAAUACGGAGCUGCUACCACAAAUACCUAGACUACAGCGAGGAAGCCCUAGCAUGGCUCAUGGAUUUGGAUGCGUCGUUUGUGCUUGAGUGCAUUCAGUUCUACGCCAAACAGGCGGGUCAGGCUUCCUCGGAAGUGUCAUCCGAGGUGAAACAACUCGGCAGAGUGUUAGAUCCAUCUGGCAGGAGUGCUACCCACAAUGCAAUUAUGAAAGAUUUGAUGAUGCUGGAGAAUCAGGCAGAAGAAAGGCUCUGCAACGUGGUCGGUGCUGCCUGUGAAGAAUUGUCGCCUUUUACGUUCAAGAUGCCGGAUAGUUCAUGGCUGCGUAUUAAAGAAAGGCGACACGUCCUGGAGGUGCUCUAUUACUCCAUUGUCCCUUCAGUAGCCAUGGACAAUGGCAAGAUUGAGAGAGAUGAGACUACCUCCGUAAGACAGGUUCCGGAUACCAGCUCCGUAAGACAGGUUCUGAAUUCGGCAUGGAAGGCUGUGUCGUCAUUAAACGUGGGUCCUGUUCGAAGACUAACGGCACUGCCUCAGCGUGUAUUCAAAGGAAGGAUCGUCCAAGUUUUGGUGAAGCUGCCCAUGCGCCUUCUUUCUUCUCUAGGAAAUCUGCCAAUUUUGCGCGCUUUGAAGGGGCCCUUAACUCUUAUCUUCGGAGCUGUCAAAGAAGAGCUGGAUGAGGAAGGAGAUGGAAAAGGAGAAGGAGGACGUUCGUCUAUCGAAAUUCCUCCUACACGGGACGAACUCAAGGUUCCCUCUGUGGCCGACUUAAUUUCAUCUGGAGUGAAAUUCCUUCCUACGGACGGAGACCUCACCGCAAUACGCUUCGACACGAAGACGGCCACACUUUAUCUUCUCAAAGUGAGGUUAGAUAACAAUUCAGAGGUAUUGCUCAGAAAUCUGGUGGCUUUCGAAGCAUCGGCGGCGCCUGGUGCGUUGAUCUUCACCCGCUACACUGAUUUCAUGAAUGGCAUCGUCGACACAGACGAAGAUGUUCGGCUGCUGAGAAAUAGCGGGAUUAUUUACAAUCAUCUGGCAGACGACGGGAAAGUUGCGAGUCUGUGGAACGGCAUGGGUAAAUGCGUGAAGCUCACAAAAGUGAAGUAUUUAGACAAAGUAAUAGCCGACGUGAACAAGCAUUACAACAGGAGAUUGAUCGUUGAGGUGAUGGAGUACGUGAACAAAUACAUAUUUGGUUCAUGGCAGUUGCUCACUCUUGUGGCUGCGGGGAUCUUUUUGAUUCUCACGUUUUUACAGUCCUUCUGCUCUGUGUAUGACUGUAAGAAGUGGUGGAAUGACCCAAAAUUUAUGCAGGAUUAG